CAAAUGAACCCUAAACAGAGCCUUGCUUAUUAUUUCAAUGACCAAAUCUGUUCUUUAUGGACUUCCCUUUAUAUUGUGUUUACUGGGCCUAGAGAUCUUCUAUAUGUCUUCUUCUAUGCGUAUCCCAGAAGCCACAGGGACAGCAUUCGAUUCUCUACUGAAAGUUGUAAGAAGAGAAGGAGAUAAAAAGAUGCCGAUGAAUACGUUGGAAGCAACAGUAUCAACAUUUGAUGGGGUUUUUGAGAAAUUUACAAGUGAAUCUCCAAAACACAAAGCCAAUUUCAUCGUCUUCUUGGCUGACAAAGACCCAUCCACCAAUCUUAGCUGGUGCCCUGAUUGUGUGAGAGCUGAGCCCGUCAUAUACAAGAAGUUAGAAUCAUCACCAGACGAUGUGGCGCUGCUGAAGGCUUAUGUAGGAGAUAGACCUACAUGGAGGAAUCCCCAGCACCCGUGGAGAAUUGACUCGAUAUUUAAGCUCAAAGGAGUACCAACAUUAGUCCGCUGGGAAAAUGGUGCAAUAAAGGGUCGUCUGGAAGAUCACGAAGCACAUCUUGAGCACAAAAUUGAUGCCCUUCUAUCUGGGAAGUAAAUCUUGUGUUUCAAAUCAGGUGGCAAGACUAAUGUGUUUUCAGAAAUAAUCUUUUCUGGAAGACGAUUCCCAGAAAAUAAUCUUAUGUGGACUAUUUGUUUUCAGGUUGCAUGUAUAAAACAGUGAAUUUAAAAUUUCACUGCAUCGAGAGAAUUUUUUAUUAUUCUUUUCUUAUAUAAUUUUGGUUUAAGGAUGAUUUUGCCUUUUCACGUGAACUUGGGGGGUAAGUUUGUUAGUUACAUCAUAUAUUAAUUGAAAUCAGUAUCCUUAAUUUC